AUGCUCAUCGUCGUCAAGGUACAGAAUUAUGGCUAUCGUUGCGUCAGCAGCAACAAGCUGGAGAGGAUCUUUGAGGAUGACCAAGACUGGAAGAAAGAGGCCGAGACCAACAUCGUCCAGCUCCAGGCUGCGGUGACUGAGAUACUCCAGAGAAACUGUAUGCCGCCUCUAUCCUCAUUCCCUACAAGCCUUACAGAGCCAGUCAACUCCGACCGUCUCAAGUUGGGGGGCUUUGUUGCUGCAGCGACCAAGGAUAGUCGCGAAGUCAGAACUCGGGAGACGUCUCAGGAACCAACAGCAGAACAGGAACUUGUCUCUGCACCCAUGCGCAGUCUAUUCGAAGUCACAAAGCUGAGGAAUAUCCGCAGUGAUGUGUCCCAGCACAGGAUUGCAAAGACGCCCGAGGACGAUUUGAUCUCUCGCGGAGCCCUGCCUCACCAUGUCGCCAGGGAACUGUUUUCCUUCUUUGACACGACCAUGAACCAUAUCCUCUGGGGAGGAAUUGCCCUUGUCCACCGCGACCUCGAGUCUGCUCGGAGAUCUUCUUCUCUGCUCUGUGCCGCCAUCCUUGCUGUGGCCGCAUUGCACAUCCCGCAGGGGGAAGAGAUGUUUGAAUUCUGCUAUUCAGAAUUUGUCUCCCUGAUCUCCGGGUCCCUCAUCUACCGCGACCACAACCUGGACGACAUUCGAGCUCUCUGCAUUGGUGCCUUUUGGCUCUCAGAUCUCAGCUGGAAACUCUCUGGAGUCGCCGUUCGGAUUGCGACCGAGCUGAACCUCCAUCAAGCCUUCCACAAGAUGCAACGAGGCGAGCCCGAUCAACACGAGCGAGCGCAGCUGUGGUAUCUCCUCUACGUGUGUGACCAUCACUACAGCAUUGCAUAUGGUCGUCCUCCCGUCAUCCACGACAAUGCUGCAAUCAAAGGCUACGAGUCUUUCUUGAGCUCACCCAUGGCCGGGCCAGCAGACAUGAGACUGAUGGCUCAGGUGGCCCUGUUCAUUGUGCUGACCAAUGCGUAUCACACCUUUGGGUCGGACAGCCAGCAACCGCUGAAUGAGGAGGACUUUAACACUUUGAGAGCCUUCUGCUUGGAGGUAGAAGGGUGGCGGAUGAAAUGGCAACCCAGAAUCGCUCCCAAUCCGUACGUCGGCACGUACCCAUCCAAGGGCGUUGUACUGCACUACCAUUUCGCCAAACUACAGCUCAACUCUCUCGCUCUGCGGGCAAUAUCGCCCAACCAUCAGUUCUCCCUAGAUCGUAGAGAAGCGGCCAACUCGGCCAUUGCCUCUGCCAUGUCCACCAUGAACUUGGUCCUGCACGAGCCAGACAUCCGCAAUGCCGUCGCGCGCGUGACCCUGUUCAAGCAUACCAUGAUCGCGUUCGCCGCCGUGUUUCUGCUCAAGGUCGUGUGGAGCUGGAACUCGGCGUCGCUGAACAUUGAGAGGCGACAGGUUCUGGAUCUUGUGCAGGCCGUGGUGGACUUGAUGUCGAACGCCCAAGCCAGCCGGAGACACUUGUGUCGCCAUAUAGCGACGGGCUUGAGCAAGAUGAUCUCCAGACUGAAGGCGAAACCCCUCUACCAGGCACGACGCGACGGGGACCACCAUCCUCUCAACAUUCCAGCCGACAUGGAGGACGAUUCCUACGGGCCGAUGAGUGAGAAUGUCUCCUCGGACGCUUUUGGGUUCGAUGAGGAUUGGAUGCUCACAUCGUCCAUUGACCCGUUUUGCUUUUCCAUUACAUAG